AUGGCGGAGGUGGAGGCGGAGGUGGAGGUGCGACAGUGCGGAGAUGAGCUACUAUGGUGUCGGGCAGAAGUGUGGGUUGCUGGUGGAGCGAUGGUGACAGGCGAGUGGAACGACAAGCGUCGGACAAAGACGGGCAUGGCGACGAGCGAUGAUGGACGGUGGAGUAACCACCAAAGGAAGAAGGAGCAGCUCGCCGUCGACAAGACCGCUUGCGCCGUCACCGUUCUUUCGCCAGAGCCGCACCACCUUGCCCGUGUGUGCCACCGCCCAACCCUGUUGCCAGAACACGAAACACCCGAGGGUUCCCUUUUCUUAACUAGCAUCGAUCAAGUGGCUGUCGUACACGUGCCAUCUAUUUAUUGUUUUGACAGGAGCGACGCAAAUGUGGUGGACGUGAUUAAGCAAGCUUUGGCCAAAGUUCUGGUUCAUUACUAUCCACUUGCAGGGAGAUUAGCUAUAAACUCCAGAGGGAAGUUGGUUGUUGAUUGCCAAAACAAGUUAGGAGUCCCAUUUGUGAAGGCAAUAGCUGAUUGUGACAUAAAAAAUCUGGGUGAUGUGAGAAUUCUCGAUGGUGAUGUUCUCGGUAAGCUUGUUUACAAAGAGCCUACGCAAGAUAAACUUGAAGUAGCUCCCCUUCUAACUGCACAGGUGACCAAAUUUAAAUGUGGAGGUUUUAUUUUAGGGGUUUCAAUUAACCAUUGCAUAGCAGAUGGUAUAUCGGCAAUGGAUUUUAUGAAUGCAUGGGCUGAAAUAGCAAGAGGCAAGCCUUUGUCCCGCGUCCCUUGUCACGAUAGAACCAUCCUAAGUGCAAUGUUGCGAUGGGGCGAGCGAUCGAACAAAAUAUAG